GCGCGUGUCUACGGCGGCGCACGCCGAGACGGAAGAGGCGCGGGCCGGGAAAGGAGCGGGCCGGCGGCUGCGGCGCCUCUGUCCCCAUGGCGCUGUGGCGCGGCUCUGCGUAUGCCGGCUUCCUGGCGCUGGCGGUGGGCUGUGUCCUCCUGCUGGAGCCGCAGCUGCCCGGCUCGGCGCUUCGCUCGCUGUGGAGCUCGCUACAGCUGGCGCCCGCGCCCCCGGGACCCGGCUCCCCUGAGGGCCGCUUGGCGGCCGCCUGGGACGCGCUCAUCGUACGGCCGGCCCGGCGCUGGCGCCGCGUGGCCGUGGGAGUCAAUGCCUGUGUGGAUGUAGUGCUCUCAGGGGUGAAGCUCUUGCAGGCGCUUGGCCGGAGUCCUGGGAAUGGAAAAGAUCACACCAUUCUGCAUUCAAGGAAUGAUCUGGAAGAAGCUUUUGUUCACUUCAUGGGGAAGGGAGCCGCAGCUGAGCGCUUCUUCAGCGAUAAGGAAGCUUUCCAUGACAUUGCCCAGACUGCAUCAGAGCUCCCAGGAGCCCAGCACUAUGUAGGAGGAAAUGCAGCUUUAAUUGGACAGAAAUUUGCAGCCAACUCAGAUUUAAAGGUUCUUCUUUGCGGUCCAGUUGGUCCAAAGCUGCAUGAACUUCUUGAUGAUAAUGUAUUUGUUCCACCAGAGUCAUUGCAGGAAGUGGAUGAGUUCCACCUUAUUUUAGAAUAUCAAGCAGGGGAGGAGUGGGGCCGGUUAAAAGCUCCCCAUGCCAACCGAUUCAUCUUCUCCCACGACCUCUCCAACGGGGCCAUGAAUAUGCUGGAGGUGUUUGUGUCUAGCCUGGAGGAGUUUCAGCCAGACCUGGUGGUCCUCUCUGGAUUGCACAUGAUGGAGGGACAAAGCAAGGAGCUCCAGAGGAAGAGGCUCUUGGAGGUCGUUAGCUCCAUUUCUGACAUCCCUACUGGUAUUCCCAUCCACCUCGAGCUGGCCAGUAUGACCAACAAGGAGCUCAUGAGGAGCAUCGUGCAUCAGCAGGUCUUUCCUGCGGUGACUUCUCUUGGCCUGAACGAACAGGAGCUGCUGUUCCUCAGCCAGGCGGCAUCUGGCCCUCACUCCUCUCUGUCUUCAUGGAAUGGCAUCCCCGACGUGGGCAUGGUCAGUGACAUCCUCUUUUGGAUCUUGAAGGAACACGGGAGGAGUAAAAGCAGAGCCUCGGACCUCACCAGGAUCCAUUUCCACACGCUAGUCUACCACAUCCUGGCGACUGUUGAUGGACACUGGGCCAAUCAGCUGGCGGCUGUGGCCGCGGGCGCUCGCGUGGCUGGGACACAGGCCUGUGCGACAGACACCAUCGAUGCCAGUCGAGUGUCCCUGCGGGCACCCCGUGAGUUCAUGACCUCCCAUUCGGAGGCGGGCUCGAGGAUCGUAAUAAACCCCAACGAGCCAGUAGCCAAGUGGCACAGGGAGGGCGUAUCCUUCCACUUCACACCAGUGCUGGUGUGUAAAGAUCCCAUUCGAACAGUGGGCCUUGGAGAUGCCAUUUCCGCCGAAGGCCUCUUCUACUCAGAAGUCCGCCCGCACUCCUAGGAAGGUGGCUGUGGGUAAUUUUUCCGAAGGAGAGCUACCCAGUUUAAAUUACAGGAAACAUAGGAUGGAGGGGUGUCCAAACAGUUUCUAGAUCUAAUUGAAGGAUAGAUAGCCAAAGAAACAACAGAUUCAACUGUAUCAGAUACAUUCCAGCCUGUUGACGAUUACACAGAAACAUUUCAGGUUUUAAUCAGAAUUUAGCUAUCUACUAACGAGACUGGAUUUGGGGAGUUUUUUAUGUUGUGUGUUACAGGGGUAAAACUUGAUUGCCAUGUCCCCAUUUUGUGCAGCGUUGUCAAUUAUUUCAGGCCAGACUCCAUUCUGGAGAGCGUGUCCGCUGAAGAAAGCACUUCCCCAGGGGCCCAGGCUCUCCUGGGCUCCCGGCCCCUGUGGAGCCCAGCACGAGGGUCUCGUGUUCUCUCCCCACUCCGUGCUCAUGGGCAGGAUCACGAUUUCCAUUCAGUGUUACAACGAAAAUGUUUAAUGAGCACACCUUCGUAGUCUUCUGCUCUCAAAGUGCAGACAGAGCCCCAAGUCAGGACAGAACAGUCGUCCCUGUGGCUUCAUAGUUGCAGCUGAGGCUCCGUGCCGCCUUUGAGGAAGGCCUUCAUUUUCUGCCUUUGCUCAGAAUCCUGGCUCGCCUGUGGGGUGGCCUUGGGGACUGCCAGCCUCUGCCUUCUGCCCUCCCCUGGGGUUGUAGGCUGGUCCAGAGCCCACCGUGCCUGGGCCCAGUCUCAGCCCCCAGCUCUGGAUACACUUUCCACAGUGGAAGACUGAUCUUUGUUCGUUCUGAUCGUUGAAGGAAUUUGCUUUUACAACUGGAAUAUGCUUCUGCGUGUGUAACAGAUCAUGUCUGUGUUACAUUGACACGCCACAUCCAUUAAAAAGUUUUACCUCAUCCGAGCCCCAGAAUCAUGAAUAAAUCUGUCAUGUUAUGUAUUUAUUUUUUUAUAAGUCAAGGAGACUUCCAUGUGCUUUUAAAUAUAUUAAAAACGAUUUACAUUUCAGGAAUCCUAA